AUGGAGUCUAUUGCACAUCAAUCUGUGAGAUUGUGUCCUUUUAUGCGGAAGACGAUUGCUUCUGCUCACGGCGUUAGACAGCUGAAGUCUGCUAAUUUGGCAGCUAUGGCAGAGAAGUGUCCUGUGGUCGGAAGUGCUUUGCAUGUGAGAGGAUACGCUACGACAGCUGCUGGCAGCGCAGCAGCGGUGGCACGCAAAGUUGGCGGAGAGGCAGUGGCGGACCAUGCUACUCAGGAGUCGUCGUUUGACUUUGAUGGUAUGUUUGAGAAGGAAAUUGAGAAGAAGCGGCUGGACAAGUCGUAUCGUUUUUUUAACAACAUCAACCGUCUCGCCAGAGAGUUUCCCAUGGCUCAUCGCCAGGAGGAGGACGACAAGGUGACGGUGUGGUGUUCGAACGACUACUUGGCAUUGUCGAAGAACCAGCAGGUUGUCGACGCGAUGAAGAGGGCGAUGGAUAAGUACGGUGCCGGUGCUGGAGGUACGAGAAACAUCGCAGGCCAUAACCGGCACGCUUUGAAGCUGGAGGCAGAGAUCGCUGCGUUGCAUAAGAAGGAGGGUGCGCUGGUGUUCUCUUCGUGCUAUAUGGCUAACGACGCAGUGUUAUCGUUGUUGGGGCAGAAGGUGAAGGAUUUGGUGAUCUUCUCCGAUGAGUUGAACCACGCGUCGAUGAUCGUGGGUAUCAGACAUGCCAACACUACGAAACAUAUCUUCAGACACAAUGAUUUGCAGCAUUUGGAGGAGAUGUUACAGAUGUAUCCGAAAUCCACCCCCAAGUUGAUCGCUUUUGAGUCCGUGUAUUCGAUGUCCGGGUCCGUCUCAGACAUCAGUAAGAUCUGCGAUUUGGCCGACAAGUACGGUGCCUUGACGUUCUUGGACGAGGUCCAUGCUGUGGGCCUGUACGGUCCUCACGGUGCCGGUGUAGCUGAGCAUUGCGAUUUCGAGGCGCAUCGUUUGAGCGGCAUUUCGUCGGUUGGGGGCGCCAGGACCGUCAUGGACCGUGUCGAUAUGAUUACUGGUACUUUGGGUAAAUCUUUUGGUACCGUAGGUGGAUAUGUGGCUUCUUCGAGGAGAUUGAUCGACUGGUGUCGUUCUUACGCUCCAGGCUUUAUCUUUACUACUACGCUACCACCUGCCGUGAUGGCUGGUGCUGCAGAAGCCAUCAGAUAUCAACGUCGCCACCUAGACUUGAGACAGCAACAGCAGAGACACACUUCUUAUGUGAAGAAAGGUUUGAAAGAUUUAGGAAUCCCAGUUAUCCCAAACCCUUCACACAUUGUGCCCAUCCUUGUCGGUAACGCUGACUUGGCCAAGCAGGCCUCGGAUAUGUUGAUGGAGAACCACCGCAUCUACGUGCAGGCUAUCAAUUUCCCCACCGUGGCUCGUGGUACCGAGCGUUUGAGAAUCACUCCAACGCCAGGCCACACAGACGAUCUGAGUGACUUGUUGCUCGAUGCAGUUGACGAUGUGUUUGCCCGCUUGCAGCUUCCUCGCGUGAGAGACUGGGAAAGCCAAGGUGGAAUCCUUGGAGUUGGUGAAAAGGACUACGUUGAACAAGAGAACUUGUGGACUGAAGAACAGUUGCAGCUCACCAACGACUCCUUGCACCCCAAUGUGCUAGACCCGGUCUUACAACAGUUGGAGGUAUCCAGCGGUAUCAAAGUUUAA